AUUUGUUUCGCUGAAGCCGCCAUUGUAGUGUCAUCAUUUAUGGAGAUUUUGGACUUUUGUCAUUUUGGAACCGUGUUUGUGGAGAUUCAGGCUUCGUCGUUUCGUGUUGUCGUUAGUGAUUUUAGGCUUUUUGUCGUUUCGGUAACGUCGUUUGUAGAGAUUUCAGGAUUUCGUCAUUUGUUCGGUGACAUUGUUUGUAGAGAUUCUUCAGUGAUUUUAGACUUUCGCCCUUGGAGUGUUUCUUCUACGUUCUUCUAG